UCUGCUUUUAACGAAGGUGUUGAAUUCAUUUUAACGAAUCAUGUUGAGUUUCGCUUCUUUAACGAAGAAUAAGAAGAAAACAAAUUAUGAAUUGAAUGGCGUUACUGAAAGUGGCAGGCGAAAAUUCAUUGUCAAAAAUAUAACCAAUUUAUUAAAGUUUACAUAAAUUUGCAUGAAAAAGUGGCGUGAAAAACGCGAUUAGAAAACGUGCCGCUGCCUAGCACAGUGGCGAAUAUACAAAAGCGCGUCGCUAAUCGGAAUAACCAACUAUCCAGCGGCGGUUUUCUCUGUGCGUGCGUACGUAUGUAUGUGAACUUUUUUAUUUGGGAAAGCGAGGAAUUUUUGGCACGGGCAAUACGACCAGAACCAAAAGUCUGCUAAAUUUCUUUUCCCAACUUACGAGCUCAUUUUGGGUUUUAGUAGAACCAACAGCUCUACUGUGUAUGCCUUCCACAUUGUAAAUUGUCAUCGCAAGAUCGCGCAACGAAGUGUGCAACGGGGACUAUAUUACGAUAUGCACCAGAUCGCGCUGUACACGCUUUGCCUAAAUUCAAUUUUCUGCGCAUAAUUCAAAUACUCUAUUUUUAAUAAACGAUUUGUGAUCGAUGCAAGAACUUUUCUUAAGAGAUUGCACGUUGCAUUUGGUCGAACGCCUGUAAAAAAUUUUAUAGUGAGAUACGCAAGUGAAAUGAUAGCAGCAGUAGCCGCAAUGGCUAUAGCAAAAGGCAAGCAGGCAGGCAAAAAAUGUGAGCCAUGCAAAGAAGCUGCGUUGUGAAAGAACAAAAAGAAGAACAAGAAGCAGCAGCACCAUUUGCGCUGCUGCUGAAGACAGAAAACGGCAAAGAGGGCCAAAAGGUAGCGUGAAAAAGUUGAAGAAGAGUAGAAGGAAGGUAGGUGAAGAGGAAACAGAAGAAGACUUUUAGAAGGAGAAGUAGUCGUAGCAGUAGAGCAGCAACAGCAGUAAUUGUUUGUGCCCAAGCAAGUGAAAUUUCUGUAGAUCAUUUUAUUUAAGGUGGAUGUGGUUUUAUUCCAAUAUUAUCAAUAAGUGGUUAAUUGAAAGAACAUCAAAAACUUUGUUGGUUUGCAAGCAGCAGCCGUUGGCUGCAGGCUGCUCGACAAGUAUCCAGCAGUGACGCAGUGGACAUACUUGGAAGUGGAGUUGAGGCAACCUACUUUCGAUUCCAAAUUGUGGACAGCAAUCGGAUGAAACAUAAUUUACGUCGCUGGAAAUGAACAGAUCUAUGUUUUCCGCAGUUCUUGCCCUGAUUUCUUUAGUAAAACAACGCAUUGCCAUUUCAACCCAGAAGUAAAUUUGGAGAAAACAAUAUUGCCGAAAACGUUAGUGUAUUGAUUUGUAGUAUAAAAAAGACGCAAAGCGCCUCUCUUAGAACAUACACACAACAUGCUAAGCACCCAAUUGUGCAUCUAAAUGUGCCAUUGCACCACCUACUUAAAGCGGAGCUAUUAUACAUAAAUCUGAAUACUUCAAGAUCAGAUCAAUCAGCUACAUACUAAAUUAAAUUAUUUGGCCCACGGAAUAAAGAAAUUAAUAACCACCAAGUAUUUGAAAUAGAGGUCAUCACAUCGUUCAGCACUUUCUUACAGACGUGCUUCUCAGAGUUAAAUAAAACUUCGCGGACACCAGAUAUUUUUCGUUCACCGGUGAGAAAAAAAAGCCGCCACCAUUCGGAAGAAAAACACCACGAAUAUGACCCACCAUCUCGGUAUGGCUCCAUAUCGUUUGACGGGUCCAGCAGGUGGGUUAUGCCCACCUGAUUUCAAGCCGCCACCACCUACGGAUAUAAUCUCUGCGCCGAGUAAUCCGAAAAAGCGACGGAAAACUUCGAAUGCUAAUUCGGUGGCGGCAGCUGCAGCAGCAGCGGCAGCGGCUUCAGCAGCUGCCAAUUCCAUGCAAUCACAAGCACCGCCCACACCUGCAGACUUGUUACCGCCGCCACCAAUGGGUGGCUUUGGCGAUACAAUCGUCGCAUCAAAUCCAUUCGACGACACACCGCCCAGCAUGUCGACCAGCAGCAUGUCGAGCAUGAACCAUAUGGUAGGCCCUGGUCAUUUCGGUCCCGGCGGUAUGGGUGGUCCACAUAUGGGCAUGGGUGGUCCUCAUGGCCCACCCCCACACAUGCAUCCGCAUAUGCAUCCACAUCAUCCCGGAGGCCCGCCGCAUCCACACCAUAUGGGAGUUCCGCCUAUGCGUGGCAUGAGUCCAAUGGGAAUGGGAAGUCCAAUGGGCGUGCCCGGACAUCCUAUGGGACCUGGAGUAGGAUUACCGCCGCACAUGAAUCAUGGACGAGCUGGUGGACCAAUGGGCAGUCCUAUGGGCGCAAUGGCGGCUAUGGGAGGCAUGAGCCCUAUGGGCGGCAUGGGAGGUCCAAGCAUAUCACCGCAUCACAUGGGCAUGGGUGGUUUAUCGCCUAUGGGUGGUCCGGGGCCAGGACCCGGCCCUGGGCCAAAUGGCCCACGAGCAAUGGGAUCUCCAAUGGGAAAUGCGCCUGGAGGCGGACCACCUGGAAUGUCGCAUGGGCCGGGUCAAGGUUCCCCAAUGAAUUCGAUGGGUUCGCCUAUGAGCAGUGCGAUGGGCAGCCCACUGGGUCCACAUCCACCACAUCAUCAUCAGCAAACGCAGCAGUCUCAGUCUCAACCUCCGCCGCACAUGAACAAUGGUCAAAUGGGCCCACCACCAAUGCAUAGUCCACUAGGAAAUGGUCCGGCGAAUCAUAGUCACAUGCCAGGCGGACCCGGGCCAGGACCUGGAGGGUCAGGACCCGGACAGCAGCUUAGCGGUAAUAUGAUGGGCCCUUUGGGUGGACUUGGUCCAGGAGGUAACUCACCAGCGAAUACAGGGCCUUCAAGUAAUUCGAGCAAUAGCAAUAACAACAGCAAUACGAACAAUAGCAGCAACAAUCAGAACCAUCAUCUCUCGCCUGCGGCGCGCAUAGCAGGAGCGCCGUCUCUGACCAACGGACCUAUGCCACCAGCAUCUUCGUCAGCAACGACAGUGACGUCAUCAGCGUCAUCUAUAUCCGUUCCCACUUCUUCGCCAGCGCCAGGUGUAAAUCCGGCCAUGUCACCACUGCACACAUUAAGUGGGAGCGCCAGCGGUGGCCCCGGACGCAGUCCGGGCAUGCUAAACAGUGCAGGAUCAGGCGCCGGGCCAGGACCAAGUCCGUUACAAUCGCCUUCGAUGGGAGGUGGCGGUGGAAAUAUCGGUGCUAGUCCAAUGGGUUGUGGUGCGGGAGGCAACGCGUCUGGCCUCAACAUGGGGCCCGGCAGUGGCAGUAGUAGCAAUAGCAGUAAUAACAACAACGGGCCGAUGAGCGCGAGUGGUAGCGUUGGAUUGGGUGGUCCUAUGCAUCAGCAGUUGAAUGCGAAUGUUCCUAUGCAGCAGCAGCAGCAGCAACAACAACAACAACAGCACCACCACCAGCAACAACACCAACAACAACAAUCUAUGUCACAUGGCGGCAACACUAGCAUAGGACCAGGUGGUCAAAUGCAAAUGCACAACAGUGGCGGCCCGGGCAGCAUAGGCUUGAUGCCCGGACAAGGGCCAGGUGGUCAAGGGCCUAAUUCCGGCCAAGGUCCUGGCGGCAUGUGCGGAGUCAUGGGCGGCGGUAAUGGCCCAAAUCAAAUGCUACCACCUCAACAACCACAUCUUGGCCCAACGCAACAACAGCUAAUGAAUCAUCCGCACCACCAUCCCGGCGGCCCACUACCACCACAUCUAAUGGGCGGCGUACCGAACUCGCAUAUGCACGGGCCUGGUGGAAUGAUGCCACAUCACAUGGGCGGCCCUGGAGGUCCCAAUCAUCCACACCCACCUCAUCAUAUGAUGGGAGCGCACGGCGGCGGCUCGCAUAUAGGCCAUAUGGGCGGCGUGCCUGGACCAGGUGGCGGUAGUGGACCUGGUGGUGGACCUGGAGGUAUGAACGGACCACCACAUGCACAUGGGCCUCAUCCGCAUGCCCAUCCACAUGCACAUGCACACCCACAUGGACCUCCACACGGUAUGGGCGGACCAAAUCCAAAUAUGUUCGGUCCUGGUGGUCCUAUGGGCCCAGGCGGUCCGAUGGGUGGCCCUGGGGGUCCGAUGGGUCCCGGCGGUCCAAUGGGUGGACCUAUGAGCGGACCAAUGGGUCCAAUGGGUGGUCCCGGCGGUUCAAUGGGCGGCAUGGGUGGCCCAAAACCGAUGUCAAUGGGCACUGGCAAAAUGUAUCCUCCUGGUCAACCGAUGGUAUUUAAUCCACAGAAUCCAAAUGCGCCACCGAUCUACCCGUGCGGUAUGUGCCACAAAGAAGUGAACGACAACGAUGAGGCGGUAUUUUGUGAAUCCGGUUGUAAUUUCUUCUUUCAUAGGACAUGUGUGGGUCUUACGGAGGCGGCUUUCCAAAUGCUGAAGGAUGAAGUGUACGCAGAAUGGUGCUGUGACAAGUGUCUGUCUUCCAAGCCAAUACCAAUGGUGAAAUUUAAGUGUUGAAACAGCAUAGAAGGAGCGCGCUAGCGUGUUGGCUUCGAACUUAAAAGGCAGACAAAACCGAAAGUGGCGACAAGCUGGCAGAGAUGGAGCGAACGUUUGUUCUGUCUAACAGUCAGCAUUGUAAAAUGGUUGUUAAUGGUGCCGAAAAACGUUGGAAAGCAAGAGCAACAAGGACACAAAAUACACACAACACCAAUAGAAAAUAAUAAGUAAAUUUAAUAAGUUCGGAUUGUGAAAGCGAAAGUGAGGAUUGUGUUUACAGUAAUUGGCACGUAUGACAUGGCCCAUUCAAACAAACACCCACACAACACACCCAUACUCACCUACAAUCACGAAAACAAAAACACACACAUACACACACUACUUUGUAUAAAGUGAAAAGCAAGCAACUAAUUAGAUUUAAGAUUUAAACUACCGUUAGAUAACAUAAGAAGUUAAAAGCAAAUUAAAAAAAAAAAAAUGCAAUUAAAAAAGUAUUGAUGAAGGUUUGGAACAAAUAGGCGUAUGUGUACACAGCUCAAUGAAAGUAACACACGCGCGCAGGCGCAAUUAAGUCGACAGAACAAAACGCAAGUCAAAGAUAACGUGAGUCCAAAGCCUUGCAAACAAACUAAGGUUCAAGCGCAGAUCUCGCGCUGAAAUUUAGUUGGGCAUAGGGCAUAUAUAUACGACGCCAUUGCGGCGGGUGAAAGGGCGCAACGUCGCUGGUAGACAUAUGCCUGCCAUAAACAUAAAACGCUUUACUACCAAUUUUCGUGUUAUUCUAUAUUUAAUUCGUCUACAACGAGUCGGUUUAACUAAUUGAAACUUUUACCAAUCAAAAUUGUUAACAAAAAGCCAACCAGUUUUGUAAGAAAUCGUAUAUGUAUGUGCUUUUAUUUUAUGUAUGUUUAGAUUGUUUUAAAAUUUAUUUUAAUUAAUGAUGACCCAGAUUGUGAAAAAUGUUGAAAACUUUACAUUUCAACUCGUAGCGGUGUUGAAAAAGGCAUAUUUUUGUAUCGAAAGUUUUUUUACAAGGAAAUUUAAAUAUAAUCAGGCACAUUCAAAUAAAUUGAUGUAAUGUAAUUUUUAAUUAUAUGCAUAUGUAUGUAUGUACUAAGAAAUUAUUUUGAUUCAGUUUAAUGAUGUUCUACUUUUCAAACUGCACACAAGAUUUCAAGAAAAACUACACUACCCAAAUAGUACUUCAACGACUUUAUUAAAAAAAAAAAAAUAGUUAGAAACAUUAAAACUGCUUUCAGUUAUAGGGAAUAUUUGUGCGUGUCUGUUAGUUUUUAUAAUUUUGUAAAAAAAAGUCAGCUUCUAAUCAGCUAUUGGAGGCGGCAGUGAAUCGUCGAUUUCGUUUGCCAAGCGCUUUCCGCCGCUUAUUGCUACACUGCUGUGUGUGUGUUGCGAAUCAACUUUGCCUAGUUUCAUUUUCAAAUUAAAUACAUACAAUACGUAGUUUUAUUUUCUGCGCCAUCUGAUAUACAUCUGAUUUGCAUAGUUUAUAUUUUCAUAAUUUUCGUUCGCUUUAGUUUCGUAUUUGCGUGUAUGUACUUUUUUUAUUUUUACUGCUUAAUAAGAAAUGUAUGAUAAAACUGUGAAUUAAAUUAAAGAUUUUUUCGCAAAUAAAAA